AUGGCGUACAACAUCCCCGACGUCCGACGCAUCCGCAGCUACUUCCUCCGCCUCCCUCUCGCUACGCGCCUCCUCCUCCUCGUCCUCACCGGCUUCUACAUCGCCGUCGCCAUCCGCCCCGAACUCGAGCAGUGGGGAGCGCUGAUACCGCAGGAGAUCAACUUGACGACACUCUACCGCCUAAACACCUACCCCCUCCUCCACAAAUCCCUCCCCCACUACCUCCUCAACACCCUCACCCUCCUCCCGCUCCUCGAGCGCUUCGAGUCCGACCACGGCACCAUCGUCACCCUCCUCCUCUUCACCGGCUCCUUCGGCUACCUGCCAGGCGGCCUCUACACGCUCCUCGAGCGCUACGUCUUCCACUCCAACACCUCCGCUUUAGGGGCCAGCGUCUGGGUCUUCCUGCUCCUCGCCUCGGAGUCGAUCAAAACGUACCGCGCGAAUCCGAAUUUCCAGAUACUGGAUGUGCGGAUCCCAACGUGGACGACUCCGCUCAUUUUUAUCCUUAUUGUGAGCUUCUUGGUGCCGCAUACGAGUUUCCUGGGACAUAUCUGUGGCGCGGCGACGGGGUAUCUGUGGGGGCUGGGGUAUAUACGGUUUUUGGCGCCGAGUGAGAAGAUUCUGCGGUGGAUUGAAGGGAAGUUGAAUUUGUUGGGCAGAAUUCCGCAUUAUGUGAGUGUGGAUCAGAAGACGUAUGGGCGGUAUGGGGUGCUGCCGAGUACGAGUGCGGGAGGUGCUGGGGUGGCGAGGGUGGGAAGUAUGCAGGAAGGUAUUUUGGCGGGAGGGGGUGGAGCGCCACUGAGGCCGAUGACGCCGGCGGGAGGGCAGAGGUUGGGCGGUUGA